CAGUCCACAUCUAGAACGCGAUCGUAUUCGUAUAACUUUAAUAUCCUGCGUCGACACUGCCCUCUGGGGUAGCCCCGACUAUUAAGCUGGGUAGUUGUUCCAAAGAAAGGGGGAAGAUUUGCAAAGGAAUUCAUACUUUUUCCUGGUCAUUGUAUUCGCCGCUCAUGAAUAUGAACAUCAACCCCCAAUGUCCAACGGCACUAACUAUAUGCGAAACAUUAUGAAACGAAUGGUAUACCUACCCUCAUACCAAGGGUCUGAUGAGUAUCUAUAUCAUAUAAUAUUGCCACACUUAACUGAUUGUCAUGAUUCUCUAUCGACAUAUGUGGACAUUGUUCAGCUUCGAGGUGAGGUGUGUAGUGGUUGGCCAGCUAACUUGAGUACUCCCGGAGCAUGUGACUUCGUGAACCCAACGCGCGUUGUCCGCGUGUCUUUUGUUCAUUUAUAUAAUCUCUGUUUCCAUAACGUCAUCUUUGGGCCUUAUAUCCCACAAAGUCACUAUUUCCGCUCAUUAAAUACUCGCCAACAUUAACUCAAGACUACAGUUCAUCAGAAUGGCCGGUUCGGCCAAACGAUCGGCGUCCCCAUCUAGGACCAUCUCCCCACCUCCGGUAAAGAGAAAGAUCGAAUCCACACUGACCAAACAAUCCGUGUCAUCUUUCUUCACCCCCACAUCCCAAAAGAAGCCUGAGCAAAUCACCUGGCGCACCGUAAAUAAUAGUCUUGUCAUCGGCAAGUAUGCAAAGAAAUCAGAUCAUCAACAGACGACCCAGACGCCAAAGGUCGCUGCGUUCGACCUGGACUCAACGUUAGUCUCAACUGCUUCUGGCAACACUUUUCCCAGAAACUCCUCAGACUGGAAGUGGUGGCAUGACACGGUUCCUGCUAGACUUAAGCAGCUGAGUGCAGAUGGCUAUCAUGUCAUCGUCGUUUCGAAUCAGAAAAAAAUCAGCCUACAGAAGGAGAUGAAGGGAGGGCGUACUGAUUCGAAAAGCCUGACUAACUUUAAAGAGAGGGCCGCCGCUGUUAUGAGACAACUAGACAUUCCUCUUAGUGUUUACGCAGCUACCCUUGACGAUGGUUAUAGAAAGCCAAGAAUAGGGAUGUGGAAAGAGUUUCUAGAUGACUAUGAUUUUGACGUGACCGGGGUGGACUUAUCGAACUCGAUCUUUGUAGGGGAUGCCGCCGGACGGCCAAAUGACCAUUCCCAGGUUGACCGUGGCUUUGCUAUAAAUGUCGGCGUUCCGUUUAAAACGCCUGAGGAGUUUUUUCUCAACGCCGCGCCGGAGCCGCUCGUGGAACCCUUUGACCCUUCCCUAUAUCUGCAAUCUGACCACACCGAUGAUGCUUCCCCCCCAUUCUCCCGCCAAAGCGGCCUUGAACUAGUGAUCUUCUGCGGCAGUCCUGGCGCCGGCAAGUCGACUUUUUACUGGGAUUACCUGAAACCAUUGGGAUAUGAGCGGGUCAACCAGGACAUUUUGAAAACGCGCCCUAAAUGUAUCAAGGUCGCCAAGGAACACCUUGCGGCCGGAAGAUCCGUGGUAGUCGAUAAUACAAACGCAGACCCAGAAACAAGAUCCCAAUGGAUCAAUGUUGCAAAGGAAUACAACAUUCCUAUUCGCUGUGUAUAUUUCUCUGCAUCGCCGACUCUCUGUCGGCACAAUAAUGCCGUCCGUGCUGCAAACCAGUCCUUGAACCCGGAAAGCCGGGCCUUACUGCCUGGAAUUGCAUUUGGGGAUUACGGGCGUCGGUUCAAGGAGCCGAUGAUGUCGGAGGGAUUUAAGGAUAUCAUUCGCGUCGAUUUCCGCUUUCGUGGUGACGAAGAAUCGAAGAAGAUCUGGAAGCAGUAUUGGAUUUAA